AUGUCCGAGCAGCAGCCUCAGGUCAAGAGGCGCAGAGGCACCAAGCACGACCGCACCGGCUGCCUGACCUGCCGCGCGAGGCGCAAGAAGUGCGUCGAGAACACGCUCCCCAGGUGCGGGAGCUGUGUGCGCCUCAACCUCGAGUGCGUCCGUGAGCCCGUAAGGCGAGUGCCGGGGGCAUCAAAUGCUCCCAGGGAGGAGGCGACCAUUGAUGCCCGGCCGCCUCAAGAUGGUCUUGUACCAGGGUCUGCCCGCGGCCGAAGCCCGUCUACGCGCGUUUUCAUGAGAUACUACGUGAACUUCCUCGCCUUGAAGCUAACAGCAUGCGGCUACCAAAACUCGUUCCGCUCGGCUCUCUUGCCGAUGGCGAUGGAGUCACAGACACUCUUCGACUCGGUCGUCGCCCUCGCCUCAGGCAACCUGUCCAACUUCGACCCAACCUACCAGGUUGCGGCGAUAGAAGCCCGGUCCCGCGCCCUGCGGGGCCUCGGCGCGGACGUGUCGAGGCCCUUCGCGGCCAUCCACGACUACGAGACCGCCCUGGCGUCGUGCCUGCUCCUCUCCGCCUCCGAGGCCAUCCUCGGCCUGCGGACCGGGUGGUCGGAGCACCUCGCGGGCACGCGGUCCGUCAUCAUGUCGGCCCGUCUGCGCGGCCCGGGCUCGGGAAAGCAGGAGCUCCGGGGCCCGGAAGCUUUUCGGGGCAGUACGGAGGGUGAGUGGCUGCUGCGCAACUUUGCGUAA